AUGGUUGAUAACAGGAACAAUUUUAACUGGAAGGACAUUCCGCGACCUCCUGCUUUAUUAACACAGAUAUCUCAAGAAUCUCAACGACAAAACAUAAACGACGGACCGCAGGAACUUUUGCGGCAAAUCCUUGAGACGCUACAGGACUCAAGUAUCGCAGAAAAAGGAGACAAGGACGAACGGAGCAGGUUCUGGGCGACUUACGACCAAGUUUCCAAAGAGCAUGAUGGCGAGUUCUUAGAGCGAAACAACAGUGAUAUGGACAUCGUGCUCAUUUUCUCUGGUCUCUUCUCUGCUAUCAAUACAGCUUUUAUCAUUGCCAUGCAACCUAACUCCACGACCACCGUGUUCGUUCAAAAUACCUCCCCAAAUAUCACCGUCUCAUCUUCCACCGGAUCAGACACCAAAUCGCCCAACGGCACUUGGUUUCAGGGUUUGGCAUAUGUUGCAUUGUCGUUCAGCCUUCUGGCUGCUUUUGGUGCCGUGCUCGGCAAGCAGUGGCUCAGCCAUUAUAAAUCGAACAAUAUUCGUGGUUCCCUUGAGGAACGUGGAAAGCACAGACAACAAAAGUUAGAUGGGUUGGAAGCAUGGCAUUUUCAUGCUGUACUGCAAUCGUUUCCCGUUUUACUGCAAUUCUCCCUCCUUUUAUUUGGAAUCGCUAUCUCAGCCGUCGUAUGGUCUCAGCAGGGAAAAUUAGCCAUCGCUGUCAUCGUGUCAAUGGCGUUCGGCGUGUUUUUUUAUUGGUUCAUCAUCGUCGCCUCCUUACGAUCUCCAGAGUGUCCUUUCCAAACUCCUAUUUCAGCAAUCAUCCGCAUGCUCUACAGGCUCGUAUACAAAUACGUCAAGGACUGGCGUGGCAAGGUGUCACCAUCACCUGAUGCCGGAGAGCUUGAUACUGGAGAGCUUGAGGAGACGCUCUCCGAGGUACCAUCGAUGAAGUGGAUAUUUGAAUCAUCCACAGAUCCAGAGGUGAUCAGUUCAGUCGCUUGGCUGAUGCCUUCCGUCAAAUGGACCCCCGAACUGCACCCCGAACUGCACAUGCGAACUAUAUCCUUGCGCUUGCUGAGCACAUUCAAAUCGUGCUUUAGUGCUGGUGUCCGGACCUUUUCGGCACGCCGAAGAGCUCUCGCGUGCGGGAGAGCCUUGCAUCACGUAGUAUGUGAUAAAAAUAUACAGAAAUACAUUUCCUCCAAAGUCAAGGAAUUUGAUGGGGGCCCGUUGGAAAUGUGGUCUCACUGGCAAGGCCUCAAUCUUCCCUGGGGACUUGAGAGGUGUAAAGAGAUUUUUGACCAGUACACCACAACUCUAGGUGAAGGUCAUGAUAUUGAAGCACGCGAUGCCUUGCGCCUCGCUAUUGUGACUGGCUGCCCAGGAUUUUUGCAGCCAACCGACGUUGCAUUGAUCUGGGAUGGUGUUUUCGACUGGAAGGAGGACUCGCGUACCACAGACGACUUUGAUUGGCUCGUGGACUUUCUGGUACACUUCCGGAAGUCCGAAACAAGGGAUUUCGAUGCCAUGGGAGAUGCACUGCUCGCAUUGAGUGCCAUGCGGGAUCUGGGAAGUGACACCAGACGAGACAAUUACCUUGACGCCAUCAUCUUCGCCAUGGAAGCAGAUAAACCAUCUCGGCUUCGUCACACGGCCCUUCGAGCUAUGUUUGAUGCCCGUUUUAAACUAGUGGAGAUAGUUGAGAAGGAGAAUGGAGAAUUUCGGGAGAAGUUAUUAAAGGAGCUUGCACCAGCUCUCUUCACCACAACCAAACCUAUUGCGCCACAGCGCUCUGACGAUGAUCCAGACACUGUCUUUAAUCCCAGACGUGACGACUGCUAUCUACGACUAAUUCUCACUCUGGCAAAGCAAAGUGAUUGGCGUGCUCAUUUAGUGACAGCCGGUCACAUAGAGCGAUGCACAUCUCUGCUAGACCACGUCAUCAUGAACUCGACGUUGUCUGUCACAACUCAUUCUUACUAUCUUGCAGCCAUCUUGAUACGGAUGAACCCCUCGGGGGUUUAUCGAAGCUCGUUGGGGCGGGCUACCCUGACCUCUGCUCUGGAUUCUAAACCUACGAACAAGGAAGAAUGUCGUCCUACUACAAACCUUGCAGCCAUCCUCCCCGCAACCCCAGAGGUUCCUGCUCCACCGGGCUUUCCGGACAAUGUAUCCGAGAAGGAAUGGUGGGAUCUGCUCAAAGGAGCAUGGUGGGCGAUGCGUUGGAAUGACCUCUACCUUGAGACAGAAGCAGCUGAAGCACUACCUGGCAUUGUCACAUACACUCUCGAUCUCCUGGAAACACCGAGCGCUCGAUAUGAUGCGGGGGGCCUCGUUCGAUUGGUGGAUCGGAUAUACGAGAUGCUCGAUAAAGAUGAAGCGAGGUUGGAAGUCAAACGCCUAAAAGACGAAGCGAAGUUGCAAGUUAAACGCCUACAGGAUGCGCUGGGAAAUAUGACAACAUAG